AUGGCUCCUGUUGUAACGUCGUCUGCUUCUCGUGCACCAGAAGCUUCGUCUUCGUCUUCAUCGUCGCGUGCCAAUUCGCACUACAACGACGACCGCUUCGACGAUUUUGACCGUUGUUCCGGGCUUUCCUUUUCGCUGAGGUCACCGACAUCGCCGGCGUCGCCUUUGUCACAUCGGUACAGGCGAUCGUACCGCGACUCCGCCUCGUCCGCCUCUGAUCCGUACGCCCCAUUGCAUCUACGACGAUCCUCGAAAGGCGACGCCCUUUCACAUCCCAACCGAGGUGUGACGCCCCGACUCUCGUCUGAGGCGCAGACCUUGCUAUCGUUCGCAUCUUCGUUCCAAACACUACUCGACUCGCAGGCUCCCUUCUCGUCGACACAUUCCGCAUACUCAGAGCUGCUCUCUGUUUCCCACUCAGCAUUCCCACCGUCAACGCUGCCGAUCACAGCACUGACAAACCUGAUCAGCUCGAGCGCAACGACUUCCACCUCGUCGUCGUCCAAAUCGUCCUUCUCGUCUGAUUCAACGACCUUGACCGACAGCAACACUAGCAGCAACAGCAUGGCCGGAGUGGGCACAGCUACGACGGCCGGGCUUGACUUGCUCGGCAUCUUGGCCGAGGAGGUGAAUUGGGAUCCGCAGCACAAGGGUGCGCCUGGAGCCACACAGCUCGCGCUGCUGGGCCAGAGCUUGCAGUCGCAUCACGAGGCGAAACAGAAGCUGUGGGCUGGCCACAUUUUGGGCAGUCUGGGGCUAAUCGAGCCAGAUGGUAGCAGACGCAACAGCUUUUCGACGCUCAACACUUCUGAGCCGCCUUCCAAAGCGUACGCGCGCCUGCCGGCCCCUGCGGCUGUAUCACAGGCGAGCGAGCAGAGGACACGAUCACAGCCUCGCAAAGCAGCUACCAUGGCAGAGGAUCCGCUCAACACCAUGACGCUCACCAAGCGUACCGCGCUCUUCUACGAAAAUCUGUACGAGCAUCUGUGCCCGGGCAUCUUGCCGAGAGCCUACAUCUACCCCAAACUCGGGCGGAAGUUGCACGACCAAGAUGCGAGCUUUGCCGCACUAGCGUUGUCCAUCUCGCUCCUGGGUUUGUUGGGCGUCACGCUUCCAAAGCCUUCGUCUUCUUCGCUCAACAUUCGCGCAGACGAGAGCAACAGCAUCGAGGCGCAGCUGCAACGGCCGUUCGUCAUGCCAAGCGUCCCGCCGGAGCGUCGUUCGAAAGCGCACGAGUCCGGUGUCCUGCGCGUGCAGGCAGCGCAACUGAUCGAAAAGAUCCUCCUGCUGCGACUGUCGGCCAGCGAUGGGGGUAUCAGCUUUGGUCAAACCCCGACGCUCGAGACGGUGCUGACGAGCUUUUUCCUCUCGUUGGCCAUGUACAAUUUGGACGAUGCGGCACACGAAGGCGGAAUGCCCAGCUUCAUCGAAUGGAAGGACGCGAGCUUCUUCCGCUUCUGUGAGACUAUCACGCUCGCCAAGAUCCUGGGCUUGGACCAAGUAGGGGCUUCAGUGGUGUCGGGUGGGAAGCAAGUGUCCGAGGAGGCGGUGGUGUGGUCGAUGCUCGUGCGCGCAGAGAGGUGGUGGACCGGGCACAAGCUGGACUAUGUUUGUCAGUUGGACACUGCUGCGUCUUUGAUGACGCUCGAGCGAGGGGACAAGGCAAGUCGGAAACGUGCCAAGCGGGAUGAGGAGGAGUCGAGCUCUGUCCCGUCGAAACGAACGCGGGCUUCGCAGCCAAUGGAAUUCCUAGUCAAGCUCGGCUUCGCUAGUAUACGCGACCACCUAUUGUACCGCUUCCGCGACUUGAUCGACUGCUGGUCUCAUACCUGCGCCGCCAACUCGUGUCACCGAUUAACAUCAGAGGCAGCCGUACGCAUCCACGACUCGCUCGCCUCGCUCGAUCUCUCGUCCUCCUCCAGCGUCCCCCACGCCGGUGACCCCAUCCUUAUCGACCUGGCACGCCAAGCACUGCGAGCCAAGCUGUGGAUCGCGUGCUUGAACCACAACCUCGUAUCAGUCCAUGCUCAGGGACCGCUGCGACCCGAUCAACCGCUCCACAUUGCGCUCGACACGCUUGACCUGCUCGAAGACCUGGACCAGCUCGUUCUUCGUCCGCUCCCCUCGAACGCCGCUGUGGGCGACGCAACCCAGGAAGCGUUGCAAGCGAUUCGCGACUGCGUCUCAAGACUGCCGCAGGGUCAGUUUGCGGCCGAGAUGUUCUCCUUCGAGCAAAUCGAGGCGAGCGACGAGAGCGAGUCGCCAAGGAGCGCUUCUCCUAGAGCUGCAGAGGAGGAGGGCACGGCAAGGUCGAAUUCGACCACCAUUACGCGCGCCGCCCAGUCGGUGCUGGAUAACCUGGAUCGCUUUCUCAACCGGGUUGUGUCUUAG